AUGGCUAACUUCGGCACCCUCGUUUACAACACCUUUUUCAGACGCAACUCUAUCUUUGUCGGCACUGUUUUCGGUGCUGCAUUCUUUUUCGAUGUUGGCUACAGCAAAGCUGUCGAUGCUUACUUUGACAAGAUCAAUGCUGGCAAACAAUGGAAGGACAUUAGACAUAAGUAUGUCGAGGAGGAGGGCGACGAUGAGUAA